AUGGCCAACUCCUGCCUCUCCACCGCCGCAGUGCACUCGGCGCUGCGCCUCCUGGCCGACGCCGCCGGGGCGCUCCAGCUCCAGCUACAUCACGCGUCGUCAUCAGUGUUUCCGCGCCCGGCGCGCGCGCACCACCGGCUCGUCGCCGCGCCCGCGGUUCCCGUGCAUAGGAGGCGCGCGCUCGCGGUCACCGUGAUGGCGUCGCAGGAGGAGGCCGCGGCCAUGGCUGUCGAGGAGUUGGAGGAGUUCACGGAGCGAGAGGGACAGUUGCAAGAGCAAGACGAAGGGCAGGAGGAAGGUGGAGCCGUCGAGGCUAGCUCGGAUGACAGCGUCCCGUCGGUGGCCGCAAGCACCACCACCACCAAGCUCUACCUCGGGAACCUGCCGUACAACUGCGACAGCGCGCAGCUAGCCGCAAUUGUGCAGGAGUACGCCAGCCCGGAGAUGGUUGAGGUGUUGUACGAUCGUAUCACGGGAAGAAGCCGAGGGUUCGCCUUCGUGACGAUGACCACGGUUCAAGACUGCGAGUUGGUCAUCAAGAACCUCGACGGCAGCCUGUACGGUGGCCGGACGAUGAAGGUGAACUUCGCCGACCGACCGAAGCCGAAGCUGCCGCUGUACCCGGAGACGGAGCACAAGCUGUUCGUCGGCAACCUGUCGUGGACGGUCACGUCGGAGAUGCUCACCGAGGCGUUUGGACGCUGCGGCAACGUGGUCGGCGCGAGGGUGCUCUACGACGGCGAGACCGGCCGCUCCCGGGGCUACGGCUUCGUCUGCUACUCCACCAGGGAGGAGAUGGACGAGGCUAUUUCCUCGCUCAACGGAAUGAAUAUCAACUCCUACACAACCGGUGAAUCGAUCACGGCAUGCGCCAUCCCACACACCCACGACACCACGGUCCUCCUACAAGCUCGGCAUGCCCACCAUCCGAACGUGCCAUUCCACGUCCAGUGA